AGUGUAUUCAUCUUAUCUGGAACUUGACUUGGAUGAGGUGGAACCAUGUCUGUCCGGACCAAAACGGCCUCAUGAUAGAGUGACAUUGAAGAACAUGCAGUCAGAUUGGCUUUCUUGCCUGGACAACAAAGUAGGGUUCAAGGGUUUUGCUGUCCCCAAGGAAUCGCAGGCUAAAGUUGCUGAGUUUUCGUUCCGUGGGACGCCAGCAAAGAUAAAGCAUGGUGAUGUUGUAAUUGCGGCUAUCACCAGUUGCACCAACACAUCAAAUCCUAAUGUAAUGCUGGGAGCUGCUUUGGUUGCCAAAAAGGCUUGUGACCUAGGCCUGGAGGUGAAACCAUGGAUUAAGACAAGUCUUGCGCCAGGUUCUGGUGUUGUGAAGAAGUACUUGGACAAGAGCGGUCUGCAGAAGUAUCUUAACCAGCUUGGCUUCAAUAUUGUUGGCUAUGGGUGUACAACCUGCAUAGGAAACUCUGGAGAUCUUGAUGAAUCCGUAGCUGCUGCAAUUACUGACAAUGAUGUUGUCGCUGCUGCUGUGUUGUCUGGGAACAGGAAUUUCGAAGGCCGUGUACACGCAUUGACCCGAGCAAAUUAUCUCGCAUCUCCUCCAUUGGUUGUGGCCUAUGCCCUCGCUGGCACGGUUAAUAUUGAUUUUGAGAAAGAACCAGUAGGCAUCUCAAAGGAUGGGAAGGAGGUUUACUUCAGGGAUAUUUGGCCUACCACUGAUGAGAUUGCUGAGGUUGUUAAGGCGAGUGUGCUCCCAGACAUGUUCAAGGGCACAUAUGAGGCAAUCACCAAAGGAAAUCCUAUGUGGAAUGAGCUGCCAGUAUCAGCAAGCACUCUCUACCCAUGGGAUCCAAAAUCAACAUACAUCCAUGAGCCUCCUUAUUUCAAGGAUAUGACAAUGACCCCUCCUGGCGCACGGCCUGUGAAGGAUGCGUACUGUCUUCUCAACUUCGGUGACAGUAUCACAACUGAUCACAUAUCGCCAGCUGGAAGCAUCCACCCAGACAGCCCAGCUGCCAAAUAUCUAAAGGAGCGCAAUGUUGAAAGGAAGGACUUCAACUCAUAUGGCAGCCGACGAGGGAACGAUGAGAUCAUGGCUAGGGGAACUUUUGCCAACAUUCGUAUUGUGAACAAGUUCUUGAAGGGAGAGGUUGGCCCCCAAACCAUCCAUGUACCAUCAGGGGAGAAGCUUGCUGUUUUUGAUGCUGCUAUGAAAUACAAGAACGAAGGGCAUGACACUAUCAUCCUGGCUGGUGCUGAGUAUGGCAGUGGAAGCUCAAGGGAUUGGGCUGCGAAGGGUCCAAUGCUUCAGGGAGUGAAGGCUGUGAUAGCCAAGAGUUUUGAGAGGAUUCACCGUAGCAAUCUCGCUGGAAUGGGCAUCGUCCCUCUAUGCUUCAAGGCUGGGGAGGAUGCCGACACUCUUGGCUUAACAGGCCAUGAGCGCUACACCAUCCAGCUUCCGACUGAUGUGAAUGAAAUCAAGCCUGGCCAAGAUGUUACGGUCACAACCGACAAUGGCAAGUCGUUCACGUGCACACUCCGCUUUGACACUGAGGUGGAGCUUGCUUACUACACCCAUGGUGGUAUUCUACCAUAUGUCAUCAGAAAGAUCGCAGCCGAGCAAUAGAGAUGAUUGCGACGACGAGGCAAAUUGUAAUUGUUGUAAACAGUUUGUUUAGCAAGUCCUGUUUGAGGAGUACCCCCUCAAAUAACAUCUGAGAUGUCUGCAGAGAACUCGGAAAUUUUGAGCGCGUAACACGCUAGGUUUUUGUUUGAAGGCACUAUGUUAAUAAUAUGCCUCACAACUGAUGAGAUGCUUUUGCAUAUUGUAACGGUCUAUGAACACUGAAGUGGAAUCAGCCGAAGGAAUGUGCACAUUGUUUUCUUA